AUGCGUCGGGAUACCUUGUCAAUUCAAAAACUUCGUGAAACAAAAGAAACUAAGCAAGCGCAAUCGGAUUCGGAACAAGAAUCGAAGCCCGGUCCUUGGGCGUCCUUGACUGCGGACAGGCGUCUGUCUGAAACUCGACGUGCCAUCGAGGCCAAGAAAGAGAUUAGGCGCCAGCGAAAGGAUUUGAAGGAGAGCGGCGAUUAUCUUGGUGUUCAAGGCAUCAAUCCAGAGACUGGCGUACUCGACAUAAUAUCCCCAACCGAGAGCGAAAGGAGUGCGAGCCUACAAGCGGAUGGAAAAGCCAGCACGCUCCAGCAGGUACUAAAGAAUGCCCAAACCAAGUAUAGCGAGGCCGUUCAUCCAAGUGGAGCGGAUGAGUUACAACCACGAUCAAAACACGGGAAAGAAAGGAUUCAACUGGGCCGCCUCUACCCGAAUGUGAAAUGGCGAAGACACACCAAACAGUGGUCAUCGGCACAAGAGCCAAAUUUGAGCCCGGUGGCUCAGUCUUUAAAGAGUGGUACACCAGUUUCAGACCCGGCAACACCAGGACAGUUAGUUGACCUGAAUAUCCCCGAUGGCGGUGAUUUGGGUGAGCAGGAGCUGAGCACACCUCAAACGUCCGGUGAUACUUCAAAAACUUCUUUGACGGUGGUACAUACUCCCCAUCGGCUAAGCCACGCAGCUAUUUCUCCCGCUGCCGUGGAGCUAUUCGAGAAUGGUAUAGAGUUCAAUGGAGAGAGCUCCGUAGGUAAGGACAAAAGAGGCCACACGGGACCAGAACGAGCCGAGAAAACUCCAGAUGGUUCUUUUUUAGGUCGACAAACCCUGGGAACUCCCGGAUCCCAGGGCAACACCAAAAUAACCCCAACCCGCUCAAUCAAAGACAUUUCGAGCCUGAAGUCCCUGAUUGCGACGCUCGACUCACAGCUGCAGAACCAGAAGGAUAGUCUACUUCCAGGGGCUGCUACCGCACCGAACACCCAGAGAACCGGGCACGAACUGUUAAAGAAUUCCAAAAGCGCCGAUAUGAUCGGGGAGAAGGCCCAAAGACAGACCAGGGAACGGGAGCUUCAGCUCACAGAUCGAGGAAGCCCUCUUCAAAAAUUAUCAGCAAGAAUAAAAAGCCGUCAAAGGUCAAAGAAAAACCUACUUGCCACUACCAGAGUGUCCUCUCUGGAUCAUAUUCUCAGGUCAGUGACGAAUCUGAAGGAAGCAAUGACAACAACGGAAGCCUCCUCGAAGGAAGACCUCGGACAAGCGGAGGAACUUGCCCAGUUAGAGAUGAAAGUUGUCCCCACGAAGACCACAGAUGCCAAAGAGAUAACCGAAACGACUGCCAGCGACUUGGGCAGUCAGGUCAGCGAAGUAGACAAAGGGACGCAAAGCGAGUGGAAAAUGCCGGCAGAGGACUCAGUGAAAGACCAGGGGUGGAACAACUGGGCCCAGGACGUAGUUCAAAGAAUGGUCGAGAGGAGCGAAGGGGUCAAGGACGACCCUGCAUCCACAUGCAUCACCACCACUACUGGCUCAGGCCAGACGAUGUCUCCAUCGAGCCAAGAGCGAGAGCCCCAGAUCGAGAAAAGGAACUCCGUUCCCUCGAGCCAGAGCUUCAGCAAAUCAACGCCGACCAACAUGACUGCCGGUGGGAAAGAGUACCGGAUGAAUCAUGCACCGAGUACCUCGCUGAGCUGCAAACUAGAUCAAGAAAUCGAUACUAUGUCGACUGCAACCACCGAGCAGAAAUUGUCAGGAAUAGCCCAGACAGACUUUGUUCCGACAACAGAAUGCCAACAUACCCACAGCAUAUCACCAAUGUCUAUAUUGGCCAUGGAUCGACAAAAAACGAACUUGACAGCAAAAGCACCUGGGUUGGAAACAACUGCAAUCUUAGUACAAGAGAAGUGCAUAACCCUUCGCAGGGAGCUGUCCCAGUCACAAGAGAGCACUAUUCAGGGUCCGAUUGCGGAAAUGCAAGUCGGGCAGCUACUGGAGCCGGCGGAGCGGUCAACCCUCCAUGUCGAGGAGAGCUUGGGGAAGUUAAUGAUGAGCUACCCGGGGUCGUAUCCUCACCAUCCAGACGCCAACGACGACAUCGCCAAUCUUUUGAGUAGUCUAAUGAAAGAUAUGGGAUCUUGUGACCUACCCGAUUUUCAUCUUCGACCACGCGAGAAAGGAGUGUUGGUGUUUUGUAAAGAGGGCCUCCAAACGCUGCAGUCAGUGCUACAAGAAUACUUCCGACUGUUCUUGGCCCCUUAUAUUCUUCCUGGCCCGGGACCGCAUAGGAGAGUGGAGGAUCCCAACACGAUUCUUCAUAAUGUUGCAAUUUUGUUCUUGACUUUCCCCGGAGCCUGUCUUGCCGCAUGGGCCUUUUCAUAG